AUGCUUUCCGUGCUUUUAAUCGAAACUCAAGGAAUUCACGAUCUGGAAAGCUCAUCCGAAGAUUCUUCCAUCAUUUUCGCUCUCUCGCUGCUCAUUUCAUCAGCAAAAAUUUACAAUACUCUUCAAUAUCUCAGCACUUCAGAAAUCGAUGAGUUGAAUGCAUUGUUUGCGUUUAGUCAAAUGAAGGACGGCAAUGCAAAAUUGGGACAGAAUUUUUUGCUCCUUUUGCGAGACACCGUCGGAAAAACGGGAAUCGAAGGUGGAAAGGAAUAUUUAGAACAUUUGAAGGAAAAUGUGCAAAAUAACAAUGGAACGAAUAAAUUUGUGGAGUGCCUCGAUGAGUGCUUUGAUCGGGUCGAUUGUUUUCGUGUACCUCGGCCAUCUCGACUGGUGAUGGACGGAGUGGAUGGAGGGAUGAAAGCCGAACAAUGCGGUGAAGAGUUUCUUCGAACGAUAAGCGAAUGUGCAAAUUUUGUCCUCGAAACGCUAACCGCCAAAAUGGUGGGAAACGAUUGUCUCACCGGUGAAUCAUUCAAAGCACAUGUAAAGCACGUUGUCGAGCAUUUUUCUCAUCGCAGCGCAAACGCUAAAUCUGUUAUU